AUGUACGGAAAGGUGCUUGUAUUGUUAGUAGCAGUGUGCUUUAUGCCUAUCGUGUUAACGAAGACGAAAAGGUUUACAAAAUCAGCAGCCAAGCAAUCGAACACGUUAUACAAAAUAAGGUGUGAUCUGCUGUGUAUUGAAAGAACUAAAGAAGCUAAGUCAUUGUGUAGAUCACAAUGCCGCUCUAGUGGAAAGAAACCGGGAACAUGUCCAGCAUCGGACACUCCGAAGUGGGAACAAGCGUGUGUGACAGCAUGUAAUUCUGACUCACAGUGCGAUGGUACACAAAGAUGCUGCCAUCAUAACUGCGGAUCCACUUGUAGCGAGCCCGUGGAUCUUUUGACUAUACCAGGUCUCCCAGCAAUGCCAAUACUUGAAGAGCCAAAAGAAAAGAAAAGGUCGGUGGUAAUCCGAUGGUCUGAUGGAGUAGGAGACGCAGCUAGGGCAGUUCCUGGGCCUGUGUUCUUCGUUCUAGAAGAACAGCAUCAUUUAGGUCCUAAGUACGAAGAAAUAAGAUUGGGAGAUUGGAAUCUAUUGUUACGGACUAACAAAACAAAAGUUUCGCUUCGUAAUGCACUUAAACCAGGCCGAUGGUAUCGAUUUCGGGUGGCAGCCGUAAGUGCGUCGGGCACACGUGGGUUUUCAGCUCCGAGCCCUCCAUUCACACCUCGCAGAGGGCCCCGUCCCCCACCUGCUCCGAAAAAGCUAAGAGUACGACCCUUAGGAGUUAAUAAUGGUACGGUCACAGUGAAACUGGAGUGGAAAGAGCCAAAUUCGGAUCUUCCAAUAAUACGUUAUAAGGUGUUUUGGAGCAGACGAGUUAAAGGAUUAGGAGGCGAAUUGGAUUCUGUUCUAGUUAACCACCAAACUGUCCCCAAGGAGCAGAACAACAUAGAAAUUAAAGAUUUAUUGCCUAACUCAAUGUACUUCUUACAAGUUCAGACGAUCAGUCAAUUUGGUACGGGCAAACUUCGCAGUGAGAAAGCAUCCAUUUUCUACAAUACCACUAGUAAUGGAAAAGCAGAACCGGCACCGGAAGCAUUAAAAAGAGAAACUAAGAAGAUAAAGGGUUUAAAUAUUCAUAAAUUAAUUUGGUAUAACAAUAAAGUCAAAGCAAGAAUAUCAUGGCAACCUAUACCAAAUAUCUACGAGCAACCAGGAAGGUAUUACGUGCAUUGGAAGGCUACAAAAUGUAUGGAUCCAAAGAACUUGCGUAAAGACGGAUUGUCAGCUACAACUGAGCAAACUAACUUUGAACUGUAUGAAUUGGAAUAUCAGUGCAGUUAUAAAGUAAACGUCAACUUGUCUCCACGUAUGAAAACAUUUGAAUCCGAAAUCACAUUGAAUAUUCCUGCUUGUGAAUAUUUCAAGAGAAGAUCUAAUACAUCUGCCGUUGCUUGUACUAUCUAA